AUGUCCGAAGCUGACCCUUCAUCUGGAUUUGUGGGAAGCGUGGAGAACGGAACUUUCGUGGAGCUCUUUCCCACCUCCCUGUCCACAUCAGUGGACCCAUCCCCAGGCCACCUGUCCAACGUCUACAUCUAUGUGUCCAUAUUCCUCAGCCUUUUAGCUUUCCUGCUCCUGCUUUUAAUCAUUGCCCUCCAGAGGCUCAAAAAUAUCAUCUCAUCCAGUGCCUCCUACCCAGAGUAUCCAAGUGACGCGGGAAGCUCGUUCACCAAUCUGGAAGUCUGCAGUAUUUCCUCUCAAAGGUCCACCUUUUCAAACCUUUCAUCAUGA